AUGCAGAACGCUUCUAUCGAUUUUCUCGAUGUAUUGGGCUUCGAGAAUCUCAACGUCCUACCUUCCUCAGCAGCAAUUGAGGAUGAUUUCUUCACAUUUCUUGAUCUUAGUGGCGACUUCAGCGACGGCGCUGGCACUGACCACAGCUCGUCGUUGAAUGGGUUCGACCACGGUUUUGGUCAUGUAACCCAAGCUCCAAGCAUGGAGCCAGUAGAAACAGCCUCUUCAUUAUUCUGCAUGACCGUUUCUGAAUCGCUGCCUACAUCUCACGGCUUCCGACAGCAGUCUGCGCCCCCGGACAGCGCAUGGGCCGGAUUGGGACUCUCUGGCUCAACGGACCCUAUUAAUACCGCUACUGCCGAAAUAAUGUCGACCGAUGUUGAUCCUCUCUUUCUCCAGCCACCCAACGCCAUAGAGAAACCUCAAACUCCGCUGCCCCCGCCGCUGCCCAACAUCAGAGUUCCAGUGGUCUUCUGGAGUCAAUUACCCAAUGCGAUGGAUCGUCCCUUUACUUGGAGCUUCAACGGUAUGCGCACCCACCAAGGAAUUGUAGUCAUUCCCUCUUCAAGUAUCCAAUUCUGCAACCUCUUAAAGUCGCCAUUUUCAGAAAACCAACAAGUGAUUGCCUAUUUCAACUACAAGACGAAUACAUGGCAUGGCCAAGAGGUGGAGGAACCCAUAAUAACAGAAGAGGGACGACCAGUUCUUCUCUGCAAUUACCGCAUAAUAAGUCAGAUGUCGGUGGAUUGGGACGUUGUCAAGGAUCUUACCGAGUACGAACAUCCUUCCUUCCAACGCCACAUGGCGCGCGGCCCUACAGACGACGUCGCAGAUAUGGGUGUGGACCCAAAUCUGCUUGCCAAGAGUGUCAAUAAACGAUUUGACCAUCGCUCUGCUCGCAAGGUGUUGUCUCCGGUGAAAGAAAGUCGCGCCCAGCUAGUCGUUCGGGGUGCUGCGGGGGGCGACAAGAGACGUCGACACCAACAGAGCCAACCAUAUCUUCAAUCCGCUCCAUCUUUGACUUCUCUUGCACCUCCUUUUCUGCCUGCCAGCAGGUCUGCAUCACCUGCUAAAGGCGAAGACCGAUGGUGGGCGAAUAUAGAAGCCAAAACCAUGCUCCAUAAAGUCGCCAAAUUCGAACGAGACGUGAACACCGACAAUGGAGCUAACGCAGAGGGCUCUGCAGUCCUGGUUCAGUUUCAGAACAUGUUCGACAAUCCGAAUAUUUCAAAAUCGUCAAUGGGGCGAGUUCGGCGCGCAGUCAGGAAGCUGAGCUUCGAAGAGCUCGAAGAAUUCAUUUACUUGAGGCCGACAGAACCUUUCAAAACCUUGCAUCGGCUUACGUCCAAACGGGAUCUCGAAGACAAUGGCGGAGUAAAUUGGGAUAAGAUACUCGAAAUUAUCGCCGCAGAGUCCGUGACUGCUGCUUGGUUUGACAGUAUCCAAGGUCUGUAG